UGGACUCUUGAUGGCUUCAGAGUUGAGACAGAAUAACUAAUAUGAUAAAAGAAAAUCCUGAUUGCACAAUAGCACAGUAGGUGGCGAUAUGCGCAAAGAUUGCAACUCGCCAUAAAACUAAGAAGAAGAAGAAGAAGAGGCGCGUAACUUAGUUUGAAUUUGGUGUGGAGCGGUUUGUGCAGGCUCAGCUCAAGCAAUCGACAUUCACAGAUUGCAAAAUGGCUGGAGGUAAAGCAGGAAAGGACUCCGGGAAGGCUAAAGCAAAGGCUAUUUCGCGCUCACAGAGGGCUGGACUGCAGUUUCCAGUGGGUCGUAUUCACAGACACCUGAAGUCCAGGACCACCAGCCACGGGCGCGUUGGAGCCACCGCCGCAGUGUACAGCGCUGCUAUUCUGGAGUAUUUGACUGCUGAGGUACUUGAGCUAGCAGGAAAUGCAUCUAAAGAUCUGAAGGUUAAAAGAAUCACCCCACGCCACUUACAGUUGGCAAUCAGAGGCGAUGAAGAGUUGGACUCCCUCAUUAAGGCAACUAUUGCGGGUGGUGGUAAGUUUUCUUAU